ACUCAACAAGUGACCGCAUCUUUCUAAUAAAUAUUUUGUGGUCAUGCAGUUCCAACAGCGAUGGUGUAUUUGAUUUAUCUUUUGAUUCCCCUCCUCCUAUUGAUGGUUUCUUACCCGUUCUCUAUGCUUUAUCACCUAUUGUGGAAGGUUGCAUCGACAAUAGUUCCACCCAUCAGGAAUUUGGAAAAGAAAAAGAAGGAAUAUGACCACGCAAAAAGGAUUCUAGACUUGGUAUGCAUGAAAAUUAAGGAAAAGCACCUUAAUGAUAGGGAUGAUUCCUUUUACGAAGGACCAUUUCUUGAGGCCGCAUGUCGAAAUGCAUCUGAAGUUGUUAAUGGGAUUUUAAAGAUAUGGCCUCAAGCAAUCAGGUGCACAAACAAAAAUGGUCAUGACAUCAUCCAGUUAGCAACAAUACACCGUUCAGAAAAAGUCUACAACUUGAUCUAUUCCUGGGGGGAUCGUAUGAGUAUUUAUCGAACAAUGAAAGACUCUUCUAAUAACAAUAUGUUGCAUUUGGCUGGGAGAUUAGCUCCCUCAAAUAAGCUCAAACUUAUAACAGGUGCCGCAUUACAACUACAAAGAGAGCUUCAAUGGCGUGAGGAAGUGAAGAAGAUCGUGUAUCCCGCAAGCAUGACUGAAGUGAAUAUCUUUAAUGACACACCAGAAAUGGUCUUCACAAAGGAACACCAGAACUUAGUGAAAGAAGGAGAAGAAUGGAUUAAAACUGUAGCGGAAUCCUGCAGCAUAACUGCAACAUUGAUUAUCACAAUCGUGUUUGCUGCAGCCAUUACCGUACCGGGCGGAACUCGUCAAGAGACUGGUAUCCCGAUGUUCUUGGAAGAAGCUGCUUUCACUGUCUUCGCAAUAUCAGACGCAAUCUCACUAUUCUCAUCCACUACCGCACUAUUGUUGUUUUUAUCAACUCUCACUGCUCGUUUUGCUCAGGAAGGUUUUCUAUCCCGUUUGCCAAGACGGCUGAUUAUUGGCCUUUGUGCCUUGUUGAUCUCUACAGCUGCCAUGAUGGUAGCCUUCGGAGCCACCUUGUUCCUUGUCUUUUGUCGUGAUAAAAUGUGGAUGCUCGUUCCCGUAUGUGGAUUAGCUUUCCUACCGAUUGCAGUGUUUUGUUAUCUACAAGUCCCCCUUAUGAUAGACCUAUUCCAAUCGACAUACAUAUCCAUGUUUGGCAAGGAUAACCAUAACAACAGUAAUUUGGAUCCCAAUGACAUGCGGUUCUUCUUUGGUAAGUGAAAAGAGUACGCAUCUUAAAUUAUGUAUUUUAUCGUAUUUCCUAUAAGUGUGUAAUAAGUGCAUUCUUAUGCAUUGUUUGAUUUAAGCAUUAAAUCCUAGUUUAUAAGAAUAUUGUAACAUGCUCCCUGGUGUGCCUUUAAUUCAAACUCUUGAAUUUGUCCUUUAAGUGUGUAAUAAGUGCAUUCUUAUGCAUUGUU